CGAGCGCCGCUGCACUCGCGUGAUUCCACAAACGGGCGUCACGCACAUUAUCCGGUGAAUUUACAUACAUAACACCGCCCAGGGGGACGAACAUGAUAAUCUACCAUCGAUUGAAAACUAACCGUGUGGAGGGGAGGAAAAAAACAGCUGAAAAAAGUUUCGAGCGGACAGGGUUGUGUUAAACCAAGCCAAGUGUUUCGACAGAGAUUAACCGGAUCGUGUUGGGCUUUUUGCCCCACUUUUGGAUUACGAUAUGGACGCUUUGAAAUCCGCCGGAAGGGCAAUUAUACGAAGCCCCAGUAUCGCCAAACAGUCGUGGGGUGCGGGCAGACAUAAAAAGCUUCCAGAAAACUGGACAGAUACAAGAGAGACCCUACUGGAGGGCAUGGUGUUCCAGCUCAAGUACCUGGGGGUCACGAUGGUUGAGCAGCCCAAAGGAGAGGAGCUGUCGGCGGCUGCUGUCAAGAGGAUAGUGGCCACGGCCAAAGCCAGCGGAAAAAAACUCCAGAAAGUCACAUUAACUGUCUCCCCACGUGGAAUCAUCCUUUACGACAGUGCCUCCAACCAGUUGAUAGAAAACAUCUCAAUAUACAGAAUAUCCUAUUGCACGGCGGACAAGAUGCAUGACAAAGUGUUUGCAUACAUCGUCCAGAGUCAACACAAUGAGACUCUUGAGUGUCAUGCUUUCCUAUGCACUAAGAGAAAAAUGGCCCAGGCGGUAACCCUAACCGUGGCUCAGGCUUUCAGAGUGGCAUUUGAAUUCUGGCAGGCUGCCAAAGAAGAGAAAGAAAAGCGAGUCAAGUUAGGUUCAGACGGAGAAGGAGCCAGUAACUCCCAGUCGGAGAGCUCAGCCAGCCUGGCCAGUCUGAAGGGAGGAGAAGUGGCUACGGGGAAACUUCUUGAUUUGGCAGAGGGGGCCAAUGUGGCGCUGGUCCACUCAGGAACAAAACAGACUGAAUCGGAUCCCUUUAUGGUGCAUAAUCACGCAACAGAGAACAACAAUACUGUAUGGGAGCUGGAGGAUGGUCUGGACGAAGCUUUCUCAAGCCGCAGUCUGGAUAGCUUUGAAUCCUACUCAGACUCGCUGAGUCUCGCACUAACCCCCAGGUCCUGGACAUUGGGGUAAACCCUCAGGACUUCAACACUGAAGAGUGCCUGUCCCCAGGCAAAUGGGACCAAGAGGACACAGACUUCACUGCACAAAAAGACUCUGUGGGGUUCUAAUGUGAAGCUUCUGCUGAUAAGAUAGAAAACGGUGGAAGAUCAGGUGGAAUAGUGACUAAAACAUCGUUGAAUCCUGGACAAAUGAGGAAACGGACAUUGUGACAUCAGUAAGGAUUUCCUCCCUGCUGCCAUGUCUUCUCAGCGGUGCCACCUAGUGGCUCUCAGAUGCAGUCACACAAUGAGAGCAGGGCAGCAUGAGCAGGCUGCUGACAGAACAGGCCAAAGCAAUACAAUACAAACCAAUUUAUCUCUUUUCUACAAGAUACAUGCAGUCAUUUAAUGUUUGUCAGUGUAUUACUUAGUUUUAUAUGUCUGGUUACCCAUUCACUGUAUGUAAUGUGUUUGUGGUAUGUGCUGUGUGCAUUAUGUUAAAGAAAGUAUGCGUUUGUAUGUACAGAAUAUAAAUGUAUAAACUGAGACAUGAGAAAUAUGAUUUUUUUUUUAGUUUGAAGCAGUUCAUUAAUUAAGUAAAAGGUCAAAAAGGUGCUGUCGCAUUGUUUAUUUACUUAGAGGUUGAGAGAUGUAACUGGAUUAGAGGGAAAGUUUACUGGUGAUGGCCACCGAUGCCCCAGUUCUACUAUGAAAUAGAAUAAUAGUUACUACCUACUGUGUGUGGUUUAAGGCUUCAGCCUUUUGUUAAGCCUCAAAAGCUUUAAAAAUGUGUAUGUGUGGGUCAAAGACUGUGUGGGAGAAAUAGAUGAGAACAAAAUGACAAUCCUAUUUUUUUUUCUAAUGCAAAAAUCUAUUUUUGCACUCAGCAUUCAUCCAUCUUUAAAAGCACAUUUUUCAUGUAAGGGAAUAUAAUGUCAGCAAGCAUCAAAGUCAUUGCAGCUUGUAUAGAGCCACCUCUAUUUAUUCUUCCCCGUGGAUUUGUACAUGUUUUACUGUUUUAAAACUUUAAAUCACAGUGGACUAUCUAGGCUUUUAUGACAGAGAUGGACAGAGCCUUGUGCCUCAAUCCUGUUCACGUCAUGCAAUGGGUUUUUCUUACAUCCUUGUAUGCUGGAAAGUAGCAAUACAUUUUAAACCAUUCUAAUGACUUUCUAUGGCACUCGGAUGAGACUGUCUUUUUUCUUUAUUUAGUCAAAAAGCUUCAUUACGCCACUAUGAUUAACAAUUAACCACAAACCAUAAAGCCAAAGGGACGGAGUACAUUUGACAUGUAUGGGCAUUGUACCACUGUAUGUUAAAUUAUACUAUUGCAUUUAAUUUGCAAGUUAUUUUUCCAGGGAUGGUUCCCAGUGUAACUUUUGACAAAUUGUUUAUGUAUGAAUUUAAUUUAAUUCAUUAAUUUACAUAAACUUGAAAGAAAAGUAAAA